AUGGCGGCCUCCACCUCCGCCGCCGCGGGGGACUCGGCCCUCCUCCUCGCCGCGCGCCGCCGCUUCCCCGCCGCCUUCGCCGCCGCGUGGGGCCACCGCGUCCGCCUGCUCCACUCCGCCUCCGCCACCCGCCUCCCCAGGCGGGCCGAGCUCGCCUGCUGCUUCGGGACCGCCCCCGCCCCCGCCGCGCCCGCCGCCCCGCGCUCCAGGAUCGUGCGCUCGGACGAGGAGAAGAGGGCUUGUGAAGCGCGGCUCGGGCAGCUGGUUCACAAGCUCAAAAGCGAAGGGAUAAACAUGAGUCAAUGGAGGCUCGGGACUUUCCAGCGCCUGCUUUGCCCACAGUGCAAAGGGGGCUCAACUGAGGAACAAAGCCUCAGCGUCUUCAUCCGAAAUGAUGGUUUAAAUGCAACAUGGACUUGUUUUAGAGCGACUUGUGGCUGGAAAGGCGAUGCCCAGCCUGAUGGCGUUCCAAAGGUGUACCAAGCAAAAAGGGACAUGGGAAAUGAAUCUGACGCAGGAAAUGGAACUGACCAGGAAGUCAAACCAAAUAAUGCAGUCAAGCCUUACAGGAAACUUCGUGAACAGGACCUGCAUCUCGAGCCUCUUUGUGAUGAGCUUGUGACAUACUUUUCAGAAAGAAUGAUAUCUCCCGAAACACUUCGAAGGAACAAUGUAUCACAACGUAAAUGGUACAACAAGAUUGUUAUUGCUUUCACCUACAGACGUGAUAAAGUCCUUGUUGGCUGCAAAUACAGGGAAGUCUCUAAGAAAUUUUCACAGGAGCCGAACACAGAGAAAAUUUUGUAUGGUUUGGACGAUAUAAAGCAAGCACGCGAUGUUAUCAUUGUUGAGGGUGAAAUUGAUAAACUUUCAAUGGAAGAGGCUGGCUAUCGUAACUGUGUGAGUGUGCCAGAUGGUGCACCAGCACAAGUAUCCAACAAACUCCCAGACAAAGACCAUGAUAAGAAGUAUCAAUAUCUGUGGAACUGCAAAGAAUAUCUUGACUCGGCAUCUAGAAUAAUACUGGCAACAGAUGCUGAUCCUCCAGGGCAGGCCCUUGCUGAAGAACUUGCUCGCCGGCUGGGUAAAGAAAGGUGUUGGAGGGUCAGCUGGCCAAAGAAGAAUGAGACAGAAUUUUGCAAAGAUGCGAAUGAGGUACUUAUGUUCUUAGGACCACAAGCAUUGAAAAAGGUUAUAGAAGGUGCAGAACUGUACCCUAUAAGAGGUCUCUUCAACUUCAGAGAUUUCUUCCCUGAGAUCGAUAAUUAUUAUCUAGGAAUUCAUGGGGAUGAGCUUGGAAUUCCUACUGGUUGGAAAAAUAUGGAUGAGCUUUAUAAGGUUGUUCCUGGGGAGUUGACUGUAGUAACAGGAGUACCGAAUUCUGGCAAAAGUGAAUGGAUUGAUGCAUUGCUGUGCAAUAUAAACGAGCAGUGUGGAUGGAAAUUUGCACUAUGCUCAAUGGAAAACAAGGUCAGAGACCAUGCCAGGAAACUAUUGGAGAAGCAUAUUAAGAAACCAUUCUUUAAUGCUAGAUAUGGGGGCUCUGUGGAACGGAUAAGUCCGGAUGAAUUUGAAGAAGGCAAACAAUGGUUGAAUGAGACAUUCCAUCUGAUUCGGUGUGAAGAUGAUAGUCUUCCAUCCAUUAAUUGGGUUCUUGCUCUUGCUAAAGCUGCUGUUCUAAGACAUGGAGUACGUGGUCUUGUGAUUGAUCCUUAUAAUGAGCUCGACCAUCAGCGCUCUCCAAAUCAAAAUGAGACAGAAUACGUCAGCCAGAUUCUUACGAAGAUUAAGCGCUUUGCUCAACAUCAUUCAUGUCAUGUAUGGUUUGUUGCGCACCCUAGGCAGCUUCAAAACUGGAAUGGUGGACCACCUAAUAUGUAUGACAUCAGUGGAAGCGCACAUUUCAUAAACAAAUGUGAUAACGGGAUUGUCAUCCACCGAAACAGGGACCCAGAUGCUGGCCCUAUUGAUGUCGUGCAGGUCUGUAUGAAGAAGGUACGGAACAAGGUGAUAGGGCAAAUUGGUGAUGCUUUCUUGACGUAUGACCGGGUUACUGGUGUAUACAAGGAGGCUGAUGAUGCCAUUGUAGCAAAGGUCGUCAAGCAGCAGAUAAGGCAGAAACAGGCAAGUCAGCACCGCUGAUUUGUUUUACUCACUUCCCCAACAGUUGACACUUGACACGAGUGAGAUAAUAUGGUUACUUCUGUGGAUGGCAUGUCACAUCCUUGUGCAUGACCGAGCCAAUUGGCUGACGUUGUCAUGCAUCGGAGCGAGCGGACUGCUAUGUAAUUCUUCAGCGAUAUGGGCAUCCUCCUGAAUUGGUGGAUUUGUGAUCUCAGAUGUCUCCUGGCUCCUAGUGCAAAAAAUGUGGUUAACCUUACUACUAAGGUGUGGUGUAUAGUAGUAAGUAAGCUUAUAUUGUAAUUUAAUUGUCGCACCAGGUGGGUCAUAUCAGGUAGCGAAAGCUCAUCUCGUCCGUCUAUCCCUUAGAUUAUUGGGUAUGCCCUUCCAACGGUUGUAGCAGUUAGAAGGACACGUAUUAGUAGUCCAUGAAAAAUAUCUACCACAGAUUUUAAGUACUCCGUAUCCAUCAUCGGUCGCAAUUUGUUUUGCAUA